AGGAGAUAACCGGAUGUUGAUUGACUCGCAUGCUGCUUGUGUCGGGACUAAAGGGAGAUUGUGGUAGAUGUAGGUUUCCUACAUCAUAAUAAACGUGACAUAAUUAAAUCGAGAUGUCGGCGUCGUUGAUUAGGAGAGGACUGGAGCUGCUGAGCGACGAUGUCAAAGAUGUCAGUAAAGGGAAGAAGAAGAAGCAGCAGCAGAAAAAGAAGAAGAAGCAGGGGACCCCCGGCUCGGACAGAGUGAUGGAGCUGGUGAGCACCAAGAGGCAGGGAGUCACCAGGCAGGUGAAGAGGCUGCAGGGCCGGCUGGGUCCAGGGAAGAGCAAAGCCACGGUCAAAGACAAGAGGAUCAAAUCUGCAGUGGAGGAGUUCAGGAAGAAGCAAGGGAAGAGCCACCUGAGCGCUAACCUCAAAUACUUCACGGCGACUUUACCCGCAGCGAGAGAGUCCGAGGCGAUGAAGAUCCUGAACCACAGUUCGGGGAGACAGUCCAGGAACCGCCGGGAAGGACCGGUCAAGAAGCCCAAGAAGGAAGAGUCCCUGUUCACAGAGGAGGAGUUCAAGAAGUUCCAGAAAGAAUAUUUUGGCCGGAUGGUGGAGGACGGGAAAUAAAGAAAGCACGGACGUAAAGACACUGCAGGGCUCAGUGGAGGCACCACGGCCACAAUAUGUGGAUGAAGGUGGAAGUUUCAACCUCACAUGUACUCCACAAACAUUGUGUUGCUUCAGGAAGAUUUUAAUAUGGAUGUUUUUGUUUGUCCAUUCUGAACAGUGAUACUGAUCAGUAGAUUAGUUACUGUUAUAAAACAUGAAGCAACGCUGAUGAGUGACUCAGAUUUGUGCAUUUUUACAUGAUGAGUCAAAGGUUCAUUAAAGGUUCUUCUUCUUGUCUAA